CUUGGAUCUUGAUUCCGCUUCAUCAAGAACUGUCUGUGAUCAACGAAUCCUCCCGUCCGUCAAGAAGCCCGUCCCGCUGACAAAGAGCUGCAACCCAAUCGCUUACGGCUCAACCAACCAUAGCAGACAGAGUUGUAUCCAGUCUGAUUCAUGCAUCACCAAACAUGGCUCCCAAAAUCAACUCAAAAAACCUGUCUUACGACACCGAAGCUGCAGCACCGCCAUUUCUUGCUGCUCUGAGGGCUCAAGCUGCUGGUGCUACAGGCCCCAACCCACUACUCGCUGCACAACGGAGGUCAGCUAAGAAGCGCUCGAGCAGUGAGGAGGCAGAAGAUGUGCCGCUUGUCGUAGACGAAGACGGAAACGUUGUGAGUCUUGAAGUGGACAAGGAUGGAGUUGUCAAAGACAAUGGAGAUUACGACGUGGAACCUGCAACAGAGAAAGAAACCGCCAAAGAAUCAGAGAGCAAAGCUGCUAUUGGAGGAAGGAAACGAAAGGUUGGAAAAGUCAUCGGUGAGGCCGCUGAUGAAGCCAAGGAUGAGGAUAAAGGAGAGGACAAGAAGAAGGAGAAGGAUGAUGCCGAAAAGGAGUCAGCAAAGAAUCGCAAACCAAAGAAGAAGGCCAAAAAGAUUAAGCUGAGCUUCGAUGAAGAUGAAGGUUGAACACCAUGAGUGAACUCAGCAACACCCGUUCUCAUCACUCAGCUACCAUGAGCAUCACUAUGAUUAUGCUCAUGUAUCCAUCUACAGCCGGUACACGAUAUUAUCACGCCACUUUGAUACCCAGCAUCAACCAGAAGGGAGCCCGCGGUCUCAGGACUGCCGGUAAAAGAAUAGAUAAAAGCUCGCCAGACAUACGGUGGAAUACUCGUCGUCUUGCAAAAGGGCACAUCUUAUUGGCAGUAUUGAGUUUCGUAACCGCAACUGCAUGUUUCACGCCCGUAUCACGAAAUGACAUCACAAUCCAGCUACACCCAGACUAUGGAAACCUGGAAAGUCAUUUCUGAUGUAUAAAAGCUCAAUUGGAUCAAACUGCUAUUGUCACAAAACACGACAUGCCCAAUAUAGUCAACAUCAACUUCUGGAAGCUAACUUAGUAAAUUGACACAGGGAAUCAAGGCACCCUAAUCUACACAAAACGGCUCCUCUCCCCGGGGGCACCAUGUACAUCCAUCCAGUUUUCCCUUAAUGCUACGACCCAAUCUCCUCAAUGCCUUUCAGCGCAAUGUAAUGCAUUUAUUUGUAUCGGUACUCGGGCUUGAUGUAAUCGGCAAAGGUCUUGGGCUCCUCGAACUCAGGAGGGUGGUGGUGGUGGUGAUCGUCCUCGGGACCAACGUAAUCCAUCUUGUAGACGCUGCCGCACUCGGGGCAUCGCUCGAUGGGGCGCUCGCGGGUGAUCUGAAGUCACAAAUGUCAGCAUUUCACAUCCGUCCGUCCGGAAUUUCGAGGUCAAGACUCACGCCGAGCCAGUGGACGUUGUGAGAGUCGGCAGGGAAACCAGUGCAGCCGGCGAACUGCUCCUCACCAGCGGAUCGGACCAUGAUGGGAUCCUUCAUCGUUCCGAGGCGGCUGGCGUCAAGAGGGCGCAUGUCGAAGAUGUCGACGCCCUCCAUCUUACCGAGAAUCUCGAGACGCUCGAUACCGGUGGACUGCUCGAGAUCGGUAGGGACGGUUCCGGGGGCGGCACCAGGACCGAAGAGAUCCUCCUCAGUUCGGAUCUCUGCACACAGAAGCUUGUCAGCGAUUGUCGUACGUCACGUCACGAUCCGUCGGCCGAGGUUACGGGGUGCCAUUGAGGCAGUCGACGGCGGCAUUGUUGGGCAACAUACCCUUUAGAGUCUUGUAGGAGCCGACCUUCUUCUCGGCGGUGCCAGCAAGAGCAGCGGCCUGCUCGUUGGGGGUGGCAGGACGGGCAGCAUCUCCUGUAGUGGAAGCAAAAACACUAGUCAGCCAUCAUACGACGAUCGCCAUUGGCUGGCUGGAGGAGCAAAAUGGAAAAGCGUACGGCGGACGAAAGAGGUGGUGAAGGUGCGAGCGACAGCAGGUCGGGCGGCGACGCGGCGAGCCGCAGUGAGGGCGGAGCGUUGCAGGAACAUUCUGUUGAUGGUUUGCGCCGGGCAAUGGGGUCGAGCUUUGAGGAUGACUCGGGAUGGGCUGAGAGAGGUGUUGUCGAGGGAUUUGUGAGGAAUGGGCUGAUUUGGGUCGAAGUUGAAGGGUGGACCCAUCUUUGCCAGCCAAUUGACCAAUUGGAGUUGUUGCAAUUGUGACCACGUGAUCUGUCAAAAGCUCCGGAUCUUGACGUUCACCCAAUUGCCAAGGCGAGUUUCGGAACGUCAUCAAAAGCUUCAAGAGCUCGCAAAAUGUCACAAUUGACAUCUGAAUGAGGAAAAAUAGCUUCAAAAUAACGAGCUAUGCUACAGAGAUAUCAUUGAAGCAUCGUUCUAGCUGCAUCUACUCUUACGGACCUUGCGCUCGCUCUGUCAGAAUCUCAGUACACGCUCCCGAGAUCGUGUUGUUUGCCGAGGCUCACAUUACUUAUUACUUUCAUCAAAUUGUCGAACAAAUAGAUGCCGGCACGGACUCAUUAUUGAAACUUAUACUUGUUUUCAAUCAGUAUCUUUCAUUACCAAUUGAUAGUCGAUUGGAAUGCGACAACGAGGACGAGUUUCAUUUGAACUUAAAUGUCUUUGAAGGGUUGAUUCAUUCAAGACCUCUACUUCUCUAUCAUGAAGGCACUUAAAACAAGCUAGAUGAUCAAGACAUAAGUGUUUAUUAUGAAACAAGAAGAAAUCAGCCGAGAUAACCUGAUGCCUAUUUCGCUGGGGUAUUGAGUGAUCCUUCAGAUCUAUUGAUGAUUAGAUAAACGGAAGGGGUUUUGUCUGCAAUGACUCAAUUGAUGAUGCUUCGUAUAUUGAUCAUGGUGAGGUAAGAUAUGUGGUUCAAAAUCAGAUAGAGCGAGAGAUUGGAUGGCCUUUGGUUCCAACCAUGGCCAACGUUGCGUUUUGCAAAGCAGAGACCCAUCGCCUUUCAACUAGGAGAGCAAAUAUAGUAAGAUAUUAGUUACAUAGUGCUAUCCGAAAGCUCAGCUAUUACCUGUCUAGCCUCUUCUUGCACACUCUUGACAAUAUCACUGGCAUCCUGCACAU